AUGAUGACGGAGCAAGGCGGCAGUGUCCGACAGGAUCCACUGCAGGAGAAUCUGGAGAACGAUGCUCUUCUCGCCACUGACACCGGAGCAGCUCCCCAGCGCGCGUGCUGCUUGAAACGAGCGGGACUUGUGGCAGUACCCUUGGCAUGUGCUUUGCUAGCGGCCGGAGUCUGGGCAUCCUCCACACCAACGCUGAGGGCUGCGAAAGACCUGCUGGAACCAGAAUACAACAUGCCAGAGGAGGUCGAUGACCUGGAUGCUAUCACCGUUGAGGCAUCCGACCCGAAUGAUUUCCUGAUCGGAGGUCGCUCUUACUCGGCGCUGCCAGUCAAUGAUGCCAAGGCGAAAAGUGGGCGCUGCAUCCUUUGCAACCCGAACGAGUGCACACUGGACUACUCUGGCAAAGGAUCUUGGACCAGUUGCCCUGUUCAUGC